CUCACCACCACGUCAUUCGCCCGAUGGGGUCUUCAGCAGAAUCGUUCUUUACCCGGCUGCUUGAGGACCAGCCCGACCGCCAGAGCGGCGUCGCCGUGGUCCUGGGCAUCUGCAAGAUGGUCGCCGAGGGCAAAGAGAGCUGUGGCCUCCCCCAGCGCAAGCUCCCAUGCAUGCUGCUCCUGGCGACGCUGGAAACGAAGCAGUAUGUCCUCGACUUUACGGCCUCCAGCAUCCACAGCGGUGCCGCCAAGGAAAAGACGGCGCAGAAAUGGGCGUCGCUGGAGAGCAAGUCGAUCGACCUGCUCGGCGAAAUCCGCUUCCCGAUUCCGGCCGCCAAGCUCAUCCAGCUGUGGUCCGAGUCAGGCGUCUCGCUCGAGCAAGAGGGGCCGGGCCUGCUCGAUCUCGCUGGAACCCAGCUCGCCAACUACCUCCAGAUGGUCAAUAUGGUCUGGGCCAGCCCAGCCUCGCUCGAGGAAUCGUGGGUCAUCAGCAUGUACACCCAGCUCGCUCGGAUGCAGGCCGUCAAGCGGGUCGUCAACAUUGCCGGAGACUGGAUCCCGCUCUCCAUCUCCAAGAUAUGCUCGGCCAGAGACAAGUUUGAUGUCUCGCUGCUGACCUCGACGCCUUCGCCGCUGCAGCUGACGCCGUACGACCAGCUCUCGGUCGCCUUUGAGGACCGCACCCGUCGCGAGCUCCAGGAGCAUGUGUCGCAGACGGCCCUGUCGAUCAUGCAGCUCCAAUCGGGCUACGACCGCAAGCUUGGGGAGGCCGACUCUCAGAUCGAGUGCCUGAAGCUCGAAAACAAGCAACAAAAGGACCUGAUCGAGCAAAUCGUGCGACGAAACUCCAAGACCCUUGAGGAGCGGCAGCAGCAGAUCAAGACGCUGGAGCAGGCUCUUACGGAAGCCCGGUCAAAAGCGAUGCCGAUAUCGGCUCGCGGCGCAUGGGAAAACGACACCGUUGAUCUCGAAAGCGGGCUCGGUUUGCCGCUGGUGUCCAGUUCCGGUCCCAGCUCCAGCUCCAGCUCCAGUUUCAGCUCCAGUUUCGGCUCCAGCUUUGAGCACGAACGGGUCCGCCGGGCUGCAGCAGUCUCGCUCUUUGGCGAUGCAUCUCCAGCUAGGCAAGAUGCCUGCCUGGAUUCGCCGCCUCUGUCGAGCCUCGAUCGCCAUCUUCUCUCAAAGGAGAUGGACAAGAGCACGCGCAUCAAGAACCUGGCUCGGCUGGUCGAGCAGGCUUUGCUGGAGCUCGAGCAAGAAGAACACGCCGAGAUGGGCCUUGGGCUCGAGGACGGUUUGAACAAGCUACUGCUGACGCACGACCCGCCCGAGAAACGAGAAGCCUCAACGGCCGACGUCUUCCACAUCACCCAUCUCGAGAGCCAGAUCAAGCACCUGAUCGAGGCUUACAAAAAGCGCGCGGCAAACCUCAAGCAACGAGCACGAAUUCACGCCAUCAAGACGGCCGAGGAAGAUCCCAUUCCCGUGCCCGUCCCGAUCCCGGUUGUCGCCGCCACCGCCACCACCACAUCAAACCGACGGCGCAAGAACAAAAGGGUGCCUCAAAACAGCAACCCAAAUAGUGCAGCUUCAGCCGCAGCGACAGCGACAGUGCCCUCGCUGGGGUCGUCUGAAUCAGCUGAUGCGACACAGUCCACAUCGCUGCCUACUGCAGCCGCAUCGUCGGCGCAAUAUGAAGCAUCGCUCCGGAACUGUAGCCUCGUCAAGAAGAUAGAGGAAGAGUGUCGGCGUACGUACACCAAGAAGAUCGAGAACCAACGCGACGAACUCAACCGCUCCGAGCAGCGCAUCAAGGAGAUGACGGGCACAAUCGCAAAACUCAAGACACAGGCGGCCGAGAGCGAGUCCAGCCUGGUGACCUUGAAGCAGCGCUACAAGGAGAUCCUUUCGCUGAUUCUACGACACCCCGAAUUUGGCUCCUACCGACCGGAGAAGAUGCCCCAGCCAGCCAGCAGCGAUUGGAUCAUCGACUUGCUUUCGAGCACGGACGCAGAUGUUGAUCUCGCCCAGGUGCGGGCUGAUCUCGAGUAUGCCACCGAGUUUGGUAGUCGUGCCCAGAUACAGCAAGAGAACAACGCCCUCAAGCACAAGAUCCAAGAGCAUCAGGACCACAUCGACCGCAUCAGGGAGACAGCAACGACCAAGCAAUCGGAAAACGACGCCCUGCGAGCGGAGCUAGCGGCAAAGUCCGACAGACUCGCACAGGUAUCUCGCGAGCAUGCGACGGCAGUCCAGGAGCUCGAGACGGCAUCGCACGAGCUGGUGUCAAGAUGCAAGGAGCAGUCCGCCUUGUCGGAAGCCCUGGCGAGCCGUUCGGCCGAGCUCGAUGCAGCAAAUCGCGCGAUUGAAGAAGAACAAACUGGCUCGGCUGAACUGGCGCAGGAGAACGCACAACUACAGAGCAAGUCUGACGAACUCACAGCCGAGAUUGCCGUGCAUCAAAAGACCAUCGACAGCCUCGAGGCAGAGCUGGUACGCUGCAAAGGCGAGACUCUAGCCCUUCAGCGACUCGUGGACGAGUCACAAGAGUAUAUCAGCCAGCUGCAGCACGAGAUUGUUCACUUGCAGGCGCAACAACGGCCAACAGGAGCAGGGUCCACAGGGUUGCCGGAGGAGGCAUGCUCAGUCGAAGCCGCGGAUCUGCUCGAAGACCGGACCAAUCGAAUCUUGUCGCAGGUGUUUUCUGAGAUGGCCGAGAUCCUCAAGAGCCGGCUGGCAGACAAGCCGACACAUGCUAUAGCACCUCCGAUCCGGUCACCGGCGCCCAUCCAUAACAUCAGACCGAGCCAUGCCGCAGUCCAGCGCGCGGAAGUAGCCCCUGCUCGGCGCGGAGGCAAUGACAUGCUGCUGACCGAGCCGUUUGUGUCGCCCGCCCCUGGUUACCCGAUAGCCAGCCCUCCCACAGGCGUUCCCGGGUUCGUGCCCCACUAUCCCGUGGGUCUGCCGUAUCUCCCGCCGUCUCCAAGCAUUGUGAAGCUUCCCUUUGACCAUGGCAACGACUUUGAGUCCUCCGAGAUGAUCAACCAAUUCAAUCACGCCGUCCGAAGCCACCCAUGGCACAGCCCGGCAAUGAUGCGGAUGGACGCAAUGGCUGGCUGGUGGGAGCCUCAAGGCUAUCCCCAGCUGCCGCCACACUCGCCGAUGCCGCCGCGGACGCACACGCUUCCGCACGGACAGCUGCUGGACCGGCAGUUGCCCGUUGCGGCUCCUGCUGCAGACACAGAAGUGGCUGUCGCUCAAGCACGCUCAACUCACGGCAACGCCAAUGACUCGAUGCCGGACACAAUCGACAGCCACAUGGCCGGAGCCGCAAGCGACGAGACAGAGAGCGAAGGAGACAGCAUAAUAAUUGACUGCGGGAGCGCCAAUGUUGUAGACGAUGUUGUGUCGGCCGCUGCAUCGAGCCGUCGCUAUGGUGUCUGAGCUAUUCGACCAUACAGAGCCGCUUGUGGGACGCUGGAUGGCCUGCUCCCUAUUAUUUUUGGUACUUUUGGUGCAUCAAUAGACAACGACGCCGCGAGCUGCGUGCCCGACAA